UAUAUUACUUUACUCAACUGGUAAGUGAGGAACCCUAAUUUUACACAAAGUUUAAUUACAUUUGAAACACUGUAUAAUUCACUUUAUAGAAGUAAAAUGACCAUUCACUUUAAAAUCAAAGCUUUCAAAAUGAAGUCGUUUGAAAAUAACGAUCUUUUCAAUUUCAUAUCAAUGCAAGUGAAAAUUCUGAAGCUAUUCGGGCUUUGGUUCUACAUUCCUCAUAAAGUUAUAUCUUUAAAUUUUAUGGUAAACGUAUUCAUAAGAAUUGUUUUAGGUUUCUUGAUUUUCGUAUUGCCUACCGUUGGACAAGGAUUACAUAUUCUUGUAUUGGUCAUAUCAAGACAGACUGAAAUACAGGAUAUAGCUAGCGAAAUAAACAUGCUUUUGAUGGAAAUUAUGAUAUCUGUGCAAUUAUUAGAUCUGCAAUGCCGUCGUCAACAUUUUUCUAAAUUACUGGAAUAUCUUAAUGUAUAUGAGUUUUCCUACACAUGUUGUCAGGAAGAAAAUAUAAUCAAAAAAGGAAUACGGUCGUCUCGAAAAUUAUUUUUUGGUCUUAUUACAUUAGCGACAUUUGAUUUCCUACUUCACACUGUUCUAAUCACUGGAUGGAAUGGUUUUCAAAAUUUACCCGUAGAAAUGAACUACAUUGUCAUUGAUGUUCGUAAGGAACCGGUGUUUACAUAUGUUUUCGUGUAUCAGAUAGUGUACAAGUAUUUAUUAAUACCAAUUUACGCUUCGAUACAAACAAUGCGAUGGUCGUUUUUGUUGUGUGCUAUUGCACAAUUGGAAAUGUUAAUUAUGAAGUUGAAAAAAUUUAAAGAUUAUAAUAUUGAAGAUUACCAAGACAAGUUUAAAAAAAUCGUACUUCAUCAUUGCUCUAUCAUAAGAUUUGUAAAAGAAAUUGAAAACGUAUUUGGAGGACAGCUUAUACUAUUUUUUAUACUUAACGCAUGUGUCAUGUGUACGACAUUACUACAAUUUGUAUCGAAUAAAAGCGUAUUUGAUGUCCUAUGGGUUUUUGGAUUUUUAUCAAUAUUGUCGUUGAUGCUUUUAAUCGACUGUUAUUAUGGUACAAUUAUUACAGAAAAGAGUGACAACAUAUUUUCGGUAAUAUACAGCAAUCCUUGGAUUACUUUACCACAGUUCUUGAAAAAAUAUAUAAUAAUAACUAACAAUCAACGGUCUCUGGUAAUAAGGGCAGGAAAACUUAUUCCUGUCUCGAUUCAGACAUUUGCAAAGGUAAUGAAUUGGUCAUAUCAGGGAUUUGCCCUCUUUAAUCAAAUGAGAAAGUGA